AUGGCGAGCCUGAAUCCGGCGUCGAUGCCGUUCUUCCCGGCAGGCGCGACUGGGCGCGGUGGAGGAGGCGACGAAGAUGGGCAGCAUCCGGGUUAUGGGCAACAUUACAGCCCCACCCCGCCGCCCAUGUCCAGCUCGCCGGCGGACCAGCGGGCGCGCAAGCCCUCGCCGCCGUCGCUGAGCAACUCGUUUACGUCAGCGAGCAGCGACUGGCGGCGUUCGCCGGCGCUGAACGGGCGGAGCAGCACGACGAGCAGCAGCCAGAGCCCGCCGCUCGAGGACACGCUCACACACCUCGACUCGAUCCCGCCCCACGUCAGAGGCGCCGUCGGCAUCAAACAGAACUUGAACGGCAGCUCGAGCGCAUCUUUCCUCGGCUCAUCGCCAGUCUCCUCGUCGCUCGGCUCCAGCUCUUACAUCGCCUCGUCCUUUGAUCUCGGCAGCCAGCAGAUACCGACCUCACUCGACGCCCAACUCCGCGCCUCGCCCGUGGUUCGCGAUAUAUUGGACCGACUUACGCGUCAAGAGACGGCGAACAGGGAAAUACAGUCUGGCCUCCAUGAACUGUCCCACAAGGUCGACAUUCUGCUUAACGCCGGGUUGGGUAACAUGAACGGCGGCGGCAUCGAGUUCCAAGACCCCUUCGCACCGGCGGGCCAGGACACGCGCCUGAGCGUGUCUCCUCUAAACUCUGGAGCUCUUCCACCGUCCGCGAGACCAUCCAUCGCCCUGCCGCCCCGGGCCGAUGACGAGAUCAGCGCGCGGCUGAACACGCUCACAAACUCGGUUGGUCAGCUACUCGCGCUCUCCCAGCAGCAAGCCAUCAGCGCCGGACAUCUCCCUCCCCAGGUCGACAUCGCGCCUAACCAGCUAGCACCGCCUACACAACAAGGUCCGCUUGGCCAUGGGCUGCCGAACAGGCCCGAUCUGCGGCAUGGUUCGAGAACGCCGAAUCCACCUAUGAGGACUUGGAGUGCUGGGAGCCUGGAUCUGCCUGUGCGCCCGGAUCUGAAUGGGAUGCAGCCGCCCAUGAACCGUGGAGGCCCGGAUUUACUGCGUGACAAGCGCCGUUCUGUCUCGACGAACUUGAUGCGUCGCGACUCCGCUGGUGACUUGAUGAACCGCGAUGGUUCUGGUCCAACUAUCGCCAAAUGGGAGCAGCUUAACCUUGCACCUGAGCUACUUCGCUCGCUGACUAAGUUUGGCGUCGGCCCGCCUAACAAGAUCCAGCAACGCGCUCUGCCCUUCCUGCUGCGUGGGGCCGACAUCAUAGCCCAAGCCCCUCCCACACAGGAACGUAUCGCAGCCUACGUGAUACCCGCGAUCCAUGUCGCCCUCGUCAAUGGUGCCGGACGCCCUCCCGUAUCUGGUCCCAUCGUCGUGAUGGUUAGUACGACCGUCGACCAGGCGACCCAGGCCCAACGCAUGAUUCGUGACCUUGGUGGUCCGAUAGGCGUACGCUCAGCUCUAGGCGUGGGUGCGGCCACCAACGACCUCAGCGCCGAAGUUCGCCUGCUUACUCAGAGCAUGCCGCAUAUCCUGUGCGGCACACCUCAGAAGCUGCACGCAUUCUUCACUGCUCCUGGUGGCCUGUCCGGCGCACACGUUCGCUUCCUUGUGCUGGAUGAAGUCGACCAGCUCAUUGCGCGCAACUUGCACGAUUUCAUCUUCAAUAUCGUCAAGCUGCUCCCGCCUCCCCGAUCGCGACCCAUCUCGGCUGGUACAGGCUCCUCGCCAGCUGUCCCUGGUUCAGGACCCGCCUCGAGUCAACUGUCUGCCUCGCUCGAUGCCCUCGGGGCAUUCUCUCAGGGCGCAGGGAGGCGCUUCAGCACCUCGCCUAUUCCGCCCGAAGCCUCACCUCAGUCAAACACUGGAGCUAUCGAGCGUCAGACGGCGUUAUUCAGUAACACCGUCCCCCAAGACGUGCUGAAUCUUGCGACCGCUAUCCAGCUCCGCGAGCCUGUGCGAGUCCUUGUACGCAGGGACGGAAAUGGCGCGACGCCCGAGGCAGGCGGCACGGCGAGAGGUCUGAGGCAGUUCUAUCUGUACCUUGCCUUCACAGCUUUCCCGACCGGUCGGUCGGGUUCCAACGCUGCUGAGCAAGGACUGGGUAUAAUUGGCUCCGGUCGCGGCGCAGGCGGAGGAGUCGAGAGUCAGCAAGCUCGCGAAUGGAAGCUUGAUGCGCUGUGCGAUCUGCUUGACGAUGUCCAGGCUACUCACGCGAUCGUACAUGUCGGAGGUCUCGCAGCGCUCGACGCGGUCGUGUACAAGCUCGCGGCGCAUGGACUCGAGGCCGUGCCUCUUCAUGGCGACAUGAAUUCCUCUGCGAAACUUUCGGCACUGCAACGUUUCCGUGCCGGACCCGUUGGCAUAGCCAACUCUGUCCUCCGUGCGCCAGCUCCUCCUGCAACGCGUGUACUCGUGGUAUACGACGUUCAGGUGAAGCCGCCUGAGGUCGCACACGUCCCGCUCGUGGUGAACUACGAUUUGCCGAAGGCGGUCGAGGAAUACGCGCAUCGCGUGCAGGCGGCCGUCGCGUCGGGCAAUGCGUCGAGACCCGGAGUUGUAGUCAAUUUUGUGACGGCAACGGGUGGAGAUGUGGAGAUGCUCAGGUCGAUAGAGUGUUUUUACAAGAUCAAAUGCCCGGAGGUGCCAAUCACCCUCCGUGACAUUAUUUGA